AUGGAUGAUACAGAAUUAGAACCUUCUGAACUUGGAACGCAGUCUUACUGGCAGAAAACGUAUGCAAAAGAAAUAAUAAAUUUUGAAGAGCAUGGUGACCCUGGUGAUGUUUGGUUUGGAGAAGACAGCGCUUAUCGUGUAAUUAAAUGGAUAUGUCAGUGCGGGAUACCACAAGAUACAGCUGUAAUAGAUUUGGGUUGCGGCAAUGGAUAUACGUUAUCUGAACUGGCUAGGGAAGGCUUCACAAACCUCCUCGGUGUAGAUUACUGCCAAGAAGCUAUUGUGUUGGCGGAGAAGGUGGCACAGAAGCAGUUCCCUUUUAUAAGGUUUCAGGUAUUCGAUAUACUCAAUGAUGAUGUAAGGAAUUUAGGAGGGAAAUUUGGCUUGGUCCACGAUAAGGGUACUUAUGAUGCAAUCAGUCUCAACCCAGACAAUCCAAAGCAGCAAAGAGAAAAGUAUAUAGAACAAGCUACAGAGAUGUUAGCUGAGGAUGGUUUAUUCGUAAUAACGUCGUGCAACUGGACGGACGACGAACUAUUGAAACAAUUCUCUGAGAAAAUGAAACUGAAGUGCGUGAUACCGACGCCGCAAUUUACUUUUGGCGGGAAAGUUGGCAGCAUGGUGUCGUCCGUUGUCUUUGUAAAGAAAUAA